UAGAUGUUUAAUUUUGUUUUUGAGUGGAAGUAACGCAGACAUGCUCACAUGUCUUGAGGAAAAGCUUUGCGUUGACAAUGAUACCCUUCUCGACAAAAACGUGUUUUUCACCACCAGCGACAACACACUUAGAAUAGAGUAUUCAGAUCCGUACGCUAAUAUGAGUUUUACCAUACAGUUUUCAGCUUAUUCGAAUAAAGACUGGGACUGUGAGGGAAACAGAUGCCCGACCAAGCUGUGCGUACCGUCGGGGUAUGACUGUAGCUCCGAAAUUCGGAUAUGCGGUGCCGCGAAGAAUAGCUGUUCCGGAAAGAAAAUCUUUGGCGAAACGAUGUCUUGCAAGAUCUUUGGGGACGUUUUACGAGUUAUCGGAAUUGCAAUUGCGGUGAUAGCUGGAAUACUUAUUUCAAAGAAGCUGUUCCAACAUAGAACGGAGUAUUUGUCGAAAUGCCGCAACAGUUGUGAAUAUGGGUCUUGUGGAUUAUGCUGUUAUCAGAUAUGUGAGUGUUUCUCUCAGAAAUGCUGCAAGAAAGGACCAGAACAACGUGAUAUCGGUGUCAUCAUGACCCGGCACAGACAGUCGGCGGACACAUCAACGACACGUCCAUAUCCGGAAACAAGCGAACGCAGUACAACAAUAAACAACGGAGUAUCCAGCGUAACAGCCGAGUAAUCAUCAACAAGACACGAUCCGGAAAUAGCCGAACGCAGUACAACAAUCACCGACGAAGGUUCUAGUGUUACAAUACCGCAAGUAACUAGACAAAAUGGAAGUAACACAAGACCGUGCGUUGCAGAUGUGUCAAAUGACUAUGACCCCCCGCCAUCACACAGUCAAUUAGAAUUAUACAGCUUGGAUAAUCAUUCGAACACUAAUGUAGAUAUACCUGCUUCAGACACGCGACACGAUUAUAAUGGUAACAAUGUAAUAUUGAGCAACGCUUAUUCCUCUAACGUGAUAACACUUGGGUCCAUUAAUAUCGAGACAGAUUCAGCCAUUGGGGCUCACGGUAAUGAAGCACAUGUACCUGAACCGGAAAUGCUGACAGAUUUUUCGGUCGAUGAUGUUUUACCCGCUGUGCCUCCACCUCCGUAUGACGAAGCCGUAGACCCUCCUUUAUAUAGCGAGUUCAUUAGCCACGAGAGCGAAUAUAUGGCGUCAAUUUAAAAAUGAGUUUCUUACACGAAGUCGUCAAAAACUAAUGUUAUUUUAAAAUGGCGUAGCUUCAAGGCACUUCGAUUAACCGAAUACAUCAGUAUUGCUUAAAGUAAACAAGGGUUCUUUAAUGGCUUCAGUAGCAUUAUUAUAUGUUAAAUUGAACUAAAUGUUAAAAAAACUUAAUAUGAACGACCGAAGCCUAUUAAGAAGAUUAUAAACCGUCCUAAAGGUAAAAGAAUAAAUAUACUGAUAAACGUGAUUAUUACAAGUUUUGGGACGUUUUAAAUAAUCAACUUGUGUUAUAUCCGGUAAUAAAGAUACACAAAAAUAUUCCCAGAAGUUAGUUACCAAAAAUGUACAGAUGCACUGUCAAUAUAUACAUAUUUCAUCGACGUUUGGAUGUUGCAAAAUCAGUAUUAUGAAAGACUGAAAUACCAGAGGCACAAUUUU